ACAAAUGCAGUUUUUUUUAAUGAAAAAGAAAAAUCUUAACUCUCUCGCUAACGUAUGUGAGAGUGGCGGAAACAAGAAGGAAGAUCGUUAACAACUUUACUGAGUCGUUGCCUGUCAUCGUCUCAACUCAACUCAAUCCAUUUCAACUCUAUCAAAGGAUUUGUGAAGAUGAGUGAUAAUUUAAUGGAGAAAGUUAGUGCCUUUGGUGAACGCCUUAAGAUUGGAGGAGCUGAGGUGAGCCGCAAAAUGAGUGAAGGCAUGAGCCAAAUGAGCUUUAAAAUGAAGGAGCUUUUCCAAGGCUCAAAUCCAGCUGAUAAGCUUGUUGAGGAUGCCACGUCAGAGACCCUUGAGGAGCCUGAUUGGGCCUUGAAUCUUGAUAUUUGUGACAUGAUCAAUAGUGACAAAAUUAACAGUGUUGAAUUGAUCCGUGGCAUAAAGAAGAGGAUCAUGCUGAAAAUCCCUAUGGUUCAAUACUUGGCUUUGGUGUUGCUUGAAACAUGUGUUAAGAAUUGUGAAAAGGCUUUUUCAGAGGUGGCAGCAGAGAGGGUUCUUGAUGAAAUGAUCAAGCUGAUUGAUGAUCCCCAAACUGUUUUUAAUAAUAGGAACAAGGCUUUGAUGCUAAUUGAAUCUUGGGGUGAAUCAACAGGAGAACUCCGCUACUUGCCUGUUUAUGAAGAAACAUACAAGAGUUUAAGAUCCAGGGGCAUCCGGUUUCCAGGACGUGACAGUGAGAGUUUGGCACCUAUUUUUACUCCUCCCCGUUCAGCACCAGAAGUGGAUCCCAAUCUUGCACAGCACAUGCAGCAUGAUAUUCCUGUGCAAAGCUUUACUGCUGAACAAACAAAGGAAGCAUUUGAUGUGGCUAGAAACAGUAUUGAGCUUCUUACAACAGUUUUAUCCUCUUCACCCCAACAAGAUGCUUUACAGGAUGACUUGACCACGACGCUCGUACAACAGUGUCGUCAAUCUCAGUUCACAAUCCAGAGAAUCAUUGAAACUGCAGGAGAUAAUGAGCCCUUGCUCUUUGAAGCUCUGAAUGUGAAUGAUGAGAUCCAAAAAGCUCUUGCCAAGUAUGGGGAUUUGAAGAAGCCAUCGGUGGUUCCAACUGAACCAGAACCUGCUAUGAUUCCUGUAGCUGUCGAGGCUGAUGAGUCUCCCCAUCACACAAAAGAAGAUGCUCUUAUUAGAAAGCCUGCUGGUUCCCGUGGUGGGUCCCAUGGAGCAAGUACUGAUGACAUGAUGGAUGAUCUUGAUGAAAUGAUCUUUGGUAAGAAAGGCAGUGCGGGUUCAUCUGAAGGUGGACAUGAUUCAAAGAAGCAGCAAACUCCAAAAGACGAUCUCAUUAGCUUCUGAGCUGUGUUAUAUACAUACACAUUUCAUAUCUUAGGACACGAGGCCUCACAUUCUGCCGCAGAUGCCUUGAGGCCAUUUAGUAGUUGAAGACAAUUGUGUUUUGAUUUCAAAUCCUUUAGCCCUCAAAAACACGAUCAUUGCAUUCUCUUUUGAAGUUUCACUUGUCGUGUUCCUUCAUUUCGUGUAAUUAGUUUAUCUUUGAAUUUGGCUACAUAAUUGCUUUAUGAAAUAUACAUUGAAGUAUUGACAAUGUAUGAUGAACAUAUUGGAGCUCUGUCACUUUCAUUUCUUGAAUGGCUGGGGUUUGUGUCUAA